UUUCUAUCUGACGUGUCCUUGAUCUCAAUAGCAGAAAACAAAAAAUGGUGAAAAUCUGUUGCAUUGGAGCCGGGUACGUUGGUGGGCCAACCAUGGCAGUUAUUGCCCUCAAGUGUCCCUCAAUCGAAGUAGCUGUCGUCGACAUAUCUGUCCCUCGGAUCACUGCCUGGAACAGUGACCAGCUGCCCAUUUAUGAGCCUGGUCUCGAUGAAGUGGUGAAGCAAUGCCGCGGAAAGAAUCUCUUCUUCAGCACUGACGUUGAAAGGCAUGUCUCAGAAGCCGACAUAAUCUUUGUUUCCGUUAAUACCCCUACAAAAACUCGUGGCCUAGGGGCUGGAAAAGCCGCGGACUUGACAUACUGGGAGUGUGCAGCGCGGAUGAUUGCUGAUGUGUCAAAAUCCAACAAGAUUGUUGUCGAGAAAUCGACUGUUCCAGUGAAAACAGCAGAGGCCAUUGAGAAAAUCUUGACCCACAAUAGCAAGGGAAUCAAGUUUCAGAUUCUCUCAAACCCGGAGUUUCUUGCUGAGGGGACUGCAAUAAAAGACCUUUUUCACCCUGACAGGGUCCUCAUUGGGGGGAGAGAAACCCCUGAUGGGCAGAAGGCAAUCAAAGCAUUGAAAGAUGUUUAUGCCCAUUGGGUGCCCGAGGAGAGGAUCAUAUGCUCCAAUCUCUGGUCUGCAGAGCUCUCAAAGCUGGCUGCCAACGCCUUCUUGGCUCAGAGGAUUUCAUCGGUCAAUGCCAUGUCAGCUCUCUGCGAGGCGACCGGGGCUGAUGUUUCUGAGGUUUCUCGUGCUAUUGGCACGGACACCAGAAUUGGAUCCAAAUUCCUCAACUCAAGUGUCGGUUUUGGUGGAUCGUGCUUUCAGAAGGACAUUCUCAACUUGGUUUACAUAUGUGAGUGCAAUGGCCUCACUGAAGUUGCAAGCUACUGGAAACAAGUGAUCAAGGUGAAUGACUACCAAAAGAGCCGAUUCGUGAACCAGGUUGUAUCCUCCAUGUUCAACACAGUCUCCGGGAAAAAAAUUGCUGUCCUUGGUUUUGCUUUCAAGAAAGACACAGGUGACACAAGGGAAACUCCGGCUAUUGAUGUGUGCAAAGGGCUUUUGGGGGAUAAGGCCCGUUUGAGCAUAUAUGAUCCUCAAGUGACUGAAGAACAGAUUCAAAGGGAUCUGUCGAUGAACAAGUUUGAUUGGGACCAUCCGGUUCACCUACAGCCGAUGAGCCCUGCCUCUGUGAAGGAAGUGAGCGUCGUUUGGGAUGCUUACGAUGCAACAAAGGACGCUCACGGACUCUGUAUUCUGACAGAAUGGGAUGAAUUUAAAACACUUGAUUUCGAGAGGAUUUUUGCUAACAUGCAGAAGCCUGCAUUUGUGUUUGAUGGACGGAACGUUGUGGAUGCUGAAAAGCUCAGGGAGAUUGGAUUCAUCGUUUACUCUAUUGGGAAGCCGUUGGAUUCGUGGCUCAAGGACAUGCCUGCAGUGGCAUGAGACCUGUGUUUCUUCUUCCGGAUCGGAUCAAAGAGUUAGUAAAAAGAACAUUGUGAAGGUACACUCUUUUGGGUAGAGAGUUUUCUCUUUUCGUUAUGUUUUGGUACUUGGCUGCUAUUGAGCUUUGCUUCAGAAUAAAUUGCUUAUAUCUGUUUUCUUGUAUUCCAGUGCUAACGUCAGCUGCUGUUAUACUAGUAUUUACCAGUUGUAACUUGUAAUAAUAAUAAGCUUUUGUGUUUCAAUAACAAUUGUUUCAGAAGUUUA